AUGCUCAGCCUCAUUGUUUCAAUAGCCUUGUUCAUCUACUUCUCCCACAAGUAUCGUGUCGGUCCCGUGUGGUUCGCCUGGACAGGUGUCGGCGCAGCGAGUUGGAUCGCGUCCUUCCUGGCCUUUAUGAUAGUCAAGCGAUCGAAGAAGCGCGUCCUGCACGAUGUCGAGGUCGCCCGACAAAGCAACCAACUGAGCGGCCGCAUUCAUGACAGCACUAUCACACAGGCUGCCAUGAUUGGUGACUCUAAUGCAAACAGACAGCAUGCCAUACCUGUUGACUCCGCCACUGCCGCCGGCGCCGGCAAUGCUUCCAACACUGCUACGGCUGGUGUGGCACUGGCACUCCGCAGACAUCGUUCCGGGCUUGGAGGUAUUUCAGAGAAGGGCUUGAACGGCGAUGAUGACUGGGCUCGUGGUGCGGAAGAGCGUUUGGACACGCCGGUUGCCAUACAUAGAGCACAGGAAGGAGUGAACGAGUGA